AAUUUUGAUAAAAAACCCAGUCAUAUACUAAAUAAAUGCCAUGAAUAUUCACAUUUCGAAAAACUAUCAACAUGUCUAGCUGUGUGUUUGUGUGUGCAUUUUUCGUGAUUGUUGCUUCGAGUUCAGUGACUGCGGAAAAUGGAAAUGCCACUUUGGUUUUUGAUACUUUUGAAAACCUGACAGAUAAAGUUCCAUCUUUAAAACUAAUCCAUUUUGGUAGAAAGAGCUACUAUAUCGGAGACAUUUUUAAGGGCAAUUUCUAUCAUGCUGAGCAAUUUUGUAGAUAUCAUGGAAUGAACUUGGUAAAUAUUGAAUCAAAGGCGGAGAUGCAUUUUCUUGAGGACGCCAUCUUAGAGACAGGUGACCCUGCUUUACAUUAUUGGAUGUCCGGUACUCGCCUUCCUGACCAAGAACGAUGGAUAUCAUUUACCAGCGCUAGAGGCAUGUCUUAUUUUAAUUGGAGCCCUGGUGAACCCAACAACGCCUUUAAGAAUGAGUACUGCAUUGAAAUGAGAUUUGUAGACAAAGAACUAAAAUGGAAUGACGUCGGGUGUACUGCUGAAUUUAACUUUAUUUGCGAAGCUAAGUGGACCCACGACUGCCAAAAACUCUAUGAUUAUUUGAUAAAGCAUGAUAUGGAUCUUAAGAAUAUCACCGAUAUCAUAGACACAAAGUUGAAUAAUAACCAAUAUAAGACCGACAAUGAUUCUGUUCAAGCACAAUAAAUGAAUGGAAUGUGAAAAGUUUUGAUUGUGGCUAACGCCAACUAAAAAAGACAAUAAUUUUAUUAUGUACAGUAUUUAAGUUCUAGAAGAAUAAAUAAACAACUCAAUACUU